AUGGACAUAGAGGUGCAGGUGGCAUUAAACUUCGUGAUAUCUUAUCUCUACAAUAAGUUACCGCGAAGACGCGUAAAUAUAUUCGGAGAGGAGCUGGAGAAAGCGCUGAAAGACAAGUUCCAGGGGCACUGGUACCCGGAGAAACCCUUCAAGGGCUCGGCGUUCAGAUGCCUGAAGACCGGAGACCCAAUUGACCCGGUGCUGGAGCGCGCGGCCAAAGAGAGCGGGGUCCCGAUCCAGGAUAUCCUGGAAAACCUCCCUACUGAGCUGGCCGUCUGGGUCGACCCUGGUGAAGUCAGCUACCGGAUCGGCGAGAAGAACAUGAUAAAGAUCCUGUACUCGGAAAGCGCAGACCUCCACGACGAGAGCUCAGCAGACCGCGAGGUCACCAAGACCUUCAACCCGGAGGCCCAAUGCUUCAGACCGAUUGAAGCUGUAGGGACUUCUUUGAGCGGCCUGAGUUUGAGUCCCAAGUCCACCUCACCCUUCCCGUCCUCUCUUGGCAGCAGCGCCAGCAACGGCUCUUCCAACAACCAAAGCGGCCACGGCUCCGGCUCCUCAUCAGCACCCUCUCCCACGCCAAUUACAAACUCCUUCAAGGGAUCGCCUAGGGUAGGCUCUCCCUCACAGCCCCAGCAACCGCAGCAGCACACCGACCCCAGCGCUUACUUCUUCCCGGGGCCUUACCACCCCCAGUUCACCCACCGCAACAUCUUCGAUUCCUCCAGUCACGGCGGAUACUUGCCUGAUCUGUACGGCGCCAAGUUUCCCUCGUCCUACUUGGACCCCUCUAACAUCUCGCACCAGUUCUACGGAGGCGUAGGUGGGGGAAGUUCCCCCGCCUCUAACCUCGGGCCCAUCGGGUCCGCCGUAAGCAGCUCCUCCGCCAACAGCCAGCAAGAAAAAACGACCCUCGUCGACGGACUCAACAACUUCGGGCUGGGGUCCGUCACCCCCUACCCCGCCAGCCAAUAUCAGCACCUUCUCGUCGCGAACUAA